CGGGUCUGUCCGCUGGACGACAGGGAGAACCGACACACGCUGGGCUGGAACCAACCGCUCCUGCCUCGAAAAAAGUUUACUUCAACCGUACAAGAAAUAUGUGCUUUGAGUUUGACUCGACUCUCUCUUAAGUUUUCGUCUUGUGAGGAGAACCGACUUUACGGUCAUGGAGAGGAAGCAGACAGCAGCGCGCUGUUAGUCGGCGGAUCCUGGAGGAGGAAUGGACGGUUUCAUAGCUGGACGCACUCGAAAGGACUGAGCCUCCUGUCUGCACCUCCAUGUCUCCGUCCUCUCCGUGCCAGGUGCCUGCUCGGGACAAUGGGGGCUACGGAUACAGGCACGCGCCUGUGUCACCCGCGCCGCCCGUCCCUCCGAGGAGGCUCCGGAGCCGGGAUGGGGGCGCCGGAGGGAGGACGCGGCGAUCCGGAGCAGACAAGCCGGAGAGGAGGUUGAAGUGUGUCCUGGUGGGGGACGGAGCUGUGGGGAAAACCAGCCUGGUUGUCAGCUACACCACCAAUGGUUACCCCACCGAGUACGUCCCGACUGCCUUCGACAACUUCUCAGCAACUGUGUCCGUGGAUGGGCAGCCAGUCCGGUUACAACUGUGUGACACAGCUGGACAGGAUGAGUUUGAUAAGCUCCGCCCCCUGUGCUACACCAGUGCAGAUGUGUUCCUGCUGUGCUUCAGUGUGGUCAGUCCUGCCUCCUUCCAGAAUGUCCCAGAAAAAUGGGUACCUGAGAUCCACAAACACGCCCCGUUGGUUCCUCUUGUUCUGGUCGGGACACAGUGUGAUCUUCGAGAGAACGUCAAGGUCCUCAUCGAUCUGGCCAAGUACAAAGAGCGGCCUGUUGACCCGGCGGACGCCCAGGAUUGUGCAGUGGAGAUCGGAGCAGUGGCGUACGUGGAGUGCUCCUCUCUGACCCAAAAGAAUCUCAAGGAAGUGUUUGACACAGCCAUAUUGGCCAGCCUGCAGAACCACAGCCCUCGAAAUCCCAGGCGAGGAAAAAAACAAAAGCGUUGGACAAAGCAGAGGCAGGCGCCAAACAAGAUGAAAAGACUGUCAAAGUCGUGGUGGAAAAGGUACUGUUGUGUGGCCUAGAGUCCGGUCUGGCUUCAGUUGUGUCUGGACUCCUGGUUUUUCCACCUGAAGGAGCCAGAUGCAGGAAACCAAGGAAGUUUGAUUUGAUGCCGAUGAGAUUUACUACUGAGCCUCUCCUGUGUAUUAUUGGCCUUAUUGGCAUCAGUCAGUACGUUUUGGGGGACAACGUGCUGAUUAUUCCAAGAGUAACUUGGAAAUGGACUUUCUAAUGAAUCCCUUCCACUAAAUUAGGAUUCAUAUGGAUUUUUCUUGUUGCAGUUGUUGUGAACCAGACUGCUACAAUGUCAAUGUCAGCACUGGUGACCAAAGUAAAAACUGCAUCUAGUCAGUCAUGUUUUUUUUAAAUGCAUCUAAAUUUAGAGUCCUUUUUAAAAAAAAACAACAACUGCAUGAGCUUGAACUUCCCACAAACAAAACUUUCAACAUUUUUUUCUGAUCAAGCCCUGCCAGCAUGCAGUUACUGUAAAGACGUUUUGUAACCAGACUAUCUAAAGAAAUGUACUAACUCCUCCGUUAUUUAUCCUGGGCUGCAUCAGAUUUUUAUUGAACCUGCCUGUUAGUGUAUCCUGGAAUAUGCCUCACUUUUUGCUUAAUGAAAACAGGUUUUUCCUUUUGUCUUAAGACAAUGACUUCUCAUGAAAGCAUAAAAGCACAGACUCUUCUGUGAACGCAAACUGUCUUAAUUGACACAUUUUUACUUCAAGCUGUGAUAACUGUCUACAUUCGCCCCAUGCUGUGUGGCGUAUUAUAAGUGUUUGUGAGUGAAUCUGAAUCUAGAAAACAUCUUUGAUAUGAAAUGCAAUUGGUUAAAUUGAAAUAAUCUUUUUUUUUUAGAAGCGACAGCUUCCUUUCAGAGGUUCAUGUUGCAAAAACGAACAGACACAAUAAAUCUGGUUCACAUUGUGCUCUAUGUAACAUUGACUUAUUGUUGUCUUAAACUGAACAUGAUGUUACCAGCAUACUUGUUCAACCAGUUGUUCUCUCUAUAUGCUAAUGUUUGUUUUAAAGCUUUUGUCAACCAAACCAAAUUAUAUAUUUUUUUAUUAUUUUUAGUAAUAAUGCCAAGAGUGGGGUUCAGCUGCCACUCACUCCCUGAUUUAUACUAAACUUUUUCAACUUUUUACUAAACCAAACACUGAUACCUACUUUGCCUCAAAGCUCCUUGUUCUGGAAACUUUGAACCAACAAGGUCAAAAGUGCAACUAGACAAAUUCCUGUCAUGGACUUUAAAUCAAUCUGCACGUUUUGUAUGCAUGUAUGGUAAAAGUAUAUAAGUAUAUAAAAAAGUUAUUUUCUUUGUUUGCUGCAAUGCUCCAUUCACAUCAUUCAGUUUAGAGUUCCACUCUAAUCAUUUUUGAUCUGUGUUCAAAUUCUUCACAGUGGUCUUUUAAUUAUGAUUAUGUAGUUUUUAGCCAAAAUAAAAAAACCUGUGUUGGA